AUGGCCAUUCCAUUCCCAGACUUGGAUCCAUACACCACAUUAAACCUCACUUCAAAAUCCACAGAAUCUGAAAUCAAAAAAUCUUAUAAAAAAUUAUGUCUUAAAUAUCAUCCAGAUAAACAACAUAAUAAAUCUGAAAAGGAACAAGAUGAAGCUAAGCUUUUAUUUGAAAAAAUUCAAUUUGCAAAUUUAAUACUAAGUGAUCCUGUAAAAAGAAGAAAAUAUGAUCAAACAGGUUCAUUUGAAGAAGUUACUGAUGAUGGAUUUGAUUGGUUUGAAUUUUUUAAUCAAUGUAAAGUUGAAAUCACAGAGGAAUCAAUUGCCAAAGAUAAAAAAGCAUAUCAAGGGAGUAGUGAUGAAGAAGAAGAUAUUAUUGAAUCAUGGUUAGAAACCAAUGGUGAUUUUUUACAAUUGUUUGAAAAUAUACCACAUAUUGAGAUUAAUAAAUUUGAUGAAGAAAGAUUAUUUAACAAGGUUUCUUUAUUGAUUGAUGAUGGUGUUAUUGAAAGUACAAAAAAGUGGGAACAAUAUAAAUCUCAGAGAAAUAAAAAGUUUAAUAAGUUGUUGAGAUCAAUUAAAGAUGAAUCUGGUGAAGCUGAGGAAUUGAAAAGAGAGAUAUUAAAGAAUAAGAAAUUGGAUACUGAAGAUGAUUUAAAAGCUUUGAUUCAACAAAGAAAUUCUGGUAGGAUUGAUUCAUUGAUUGAUAAAUUAGAAUCAAAAUAUGGGAAUAAAAAGGUUAGUAAGGGUACAAAAGGUAAAAGUACAAAAGGUAAAAACAAGAAAUCUGAAUAUGAAAUUGAUGAUGAAGAAUUUGAAAAAAUUCAAAAAAAGAUGAGAAAAUAA